CCUGGUACGGCCGAGAGUGGGGAGAGUCCGCUCUCCCUCUCGAAAUACUCUCACACGGCCACGCGUAUAUAGCCUCUGCCAGGGAAGUCCUACUCAUUGCCUUCUCGUGGCGGGGGUGUUGUUUACGAAAAUGAGAGGACGAAAAGCGAAUGUCCGGCGCUUUAACCGGAUUCCAAACCAAUGGUGCACAUGGGCUCCAGUAUCCUGCGGGAACGAAUGGCGUAUGAACCAAUCGUUGGUCACCGGCUACCAUGGGACUGCAUCUCCUUACGAUGCUCCACUGCCUUGUGGGUUAGACCUUUAGGUCAAAGGCUCGGGGAGUGGCCCCCUAAGAUAACCACCUGCUUCGGUUUGGGCACCCGGGCAGUAUCACAGCCCACACACAAAUGAUGAACUGUUUAUGUCUAUGGAAACUACUUUUGUCGCUUUGAAAAACAAUCAAUUGAUUCAAAUUAUGAUCACUACAAUUAUUGUCAUUAUUAAUACUAAUAUUAUUAUUACUACUAUUAUUGUCAUUAUUGUUAUUAUUAUCAUUAUUAUUAUUAUUUUCCACAUUAUUCACCUUCUUUUAUACUUAUACAGCGGCUCGUCUUUGGUGGAAUUCCGACUGUAUCUAAACGUUCUCGAGUCACUGUCCGGUUGAAAAUUGUAUGUUACCACCGAAUACGAGGACUGAAGCAGAUUUUCUGAAACCACGUGCACCAUUCAAACUGGCUGCCUUCAACGUUCGCACAUUUAUGCAGGUCGGACAACAGAUAGGGCUGGCUAUGUCUUUGGAAAGUCUUAAUAUCGACGUGUGUUGUCUAUCCGAGACCCGUAUUCAAGACUCUGGCGAAGUACUACAAAUUCGAUCUCCAUCUGUCGCUUCGAAAAGCUUGUUUUACGUGCGCUUAUCCGGGGACCCUGUGGCAUCUUCGUCUGGUUUUGCUGGCGUUGGUGUCGCACUAAGCGCUAGAGCUGAGGCAGCACUAGUCGAUUGGAUCCCCAUUAACAGUCGGUUAUGUGCUGUUAGAUUAGAAAGUUCCAUCAAAGUGAGAAGAAAUCGGCGUGAGAAACGAUGUCUUUUCGUCAUCUCCGCCUAUGCCCCGACAGAUUGCAGCCCGGAUGCAAUCAAGGAUGAGUUUUACCACCAGUUAUCAGUUCUUCUCCAGAAAGUGCGUUCGACAGAUAUUGUAGUACUAGCCGGAGACUUGAAUGCUCAGGUCGGGCGUCUAGGCACAGAAGAGAGUCGUUUAGGUGGCCGAUGGGGACUCUUUGGUCGCAGGUCAGAUAACGGGGACCGUCUACUGCAACUUUGCACAGACCACAACCUGUUUCUGCCUAGCACUAACUUUCGGCACAGUCAUCGCCGAUGUGCCACCUGGCGUCCUCCCUCUGCAUCUCAAGCCUGGACUCAGAUUGAUCACAUCGCGAUCAGCUACCGCUGGCGUGGUUGUGUACAAGACUGCCGCUCCUUUUGGAGUACCUAUCUGGACUCUGACCAUGCCUUGGUCUGCGCCAAUCUUGCCUUACUUUUCAGUGGACAACGAAGUGAACGCCAUCAACGGAUUGAUGUUAGCAAGCUGGUUGCAACUUCUGUUGCAAGUAAGUAUCGAACCGAGCUAGCCUCUAGGCUAGCUACCACUCCACCGAAAAGUAUAGAUGAGCAUUGGUUGCAAUUGCAUGACGCCAUGAAAAUGGCGGGAACAGUCAGUUGUGGGUUUGCGAAACGUCCCGCUUUUAAGCACUGGGUUUCUUCUGGUUCCUUACAACUCAUUGAAGCCCGUCGGUCUACUCCGGGUAACCGUGAGUUUGGCCAUAAACGAAGGAUUUUACGUAAGGAAAUCGGGCAAAGCUUGGGAAAGGACCGAGAAGCCUGGUGGUCGAUGCGUGCUAAUGAGCUGGAAGCAGCAGCUGCAUCUGGUAACUACUGGAAGCUCCUCCAACUCAUCCGAGCCACUGGCAGCAAGAAGUCUGGUGUGAGUGAAACAAUCUGCGAGGAUGAUGGGAUGCCAAUCACUAACAUCCAUCGACGUCUUGGACGAUGGGCAGAAUUUUUCGAAGGGCAGUUCAACUGGCCUGCUGCUCCGGCAACAUCGGUCAGACUGUCCUGCCCUCCAUGGCCGGUGACGACUGAUCCACCAAAUGAGGAGGAAGUCCGCAAGGAACUCCAACUCUUGAAGCGUUACAAAUCACCUGGCCCAGAUGACUUACCUCCGGCUCUUUUUAAAGAUGGUGGUGACUUUUUGACUAAGGAAUUGACGACGUUGUUUACAAAGGUUUGGGAACUAGAGAGUGUACCAACGUCAUGGAAUGAGUCGAUAGUUGUCCCUAUCUUUAAAAAGGGUUCACGUCGUUCUUGUAACAACUAUCGGGGGAUAAGUUUACUUCCGAUUGCGUCCAAGCUAUUGGCUUCCGUCAUUCUUCGUAGGUUGUUCAAAACCCGAGAAAGAUUGACUCGCGAGGAGCAGGCUGGGUUUCGUUCUGGUCGAGGAUGUAUUGAUCAUAUCUCCACCCUCCGCCAAAUGUUAGAACACCGCCAUACUUUUCAAAGGCCAACAAUCGUAGUGUUUCUUGACAUCAGGGCUGCCUUCGAUUCGUUGGAUAGGACUGUUCUCUGGGAUUGUCUAUUGAAGAAGGGUGUGCCUGAGAAGUUUAUUAACAUCCUAAAAGCCCUGUAUAAAAACACCUCAGGCAGAGUGAGGGCAUACAACCACCUCUCUCCAUUGUUCCAUUCGAGCAGUGGGGUUAGGCAGGGUUGCCCAAUCUCACCAUUCCUCUUCAACUUUGCCAUCGAUGACAUUCUGGAAACAGCUCUGAUGAAUGUAAGUAAUGGUGGUGUGGAUCUGUUGCCUGGAGAAAGACUUCUCGACCUUGAGUAUGCGGACGAUAUUGUCUUACUGUGCGAUAAUCCCCAAGACAUACUAUCCGCACUUAAUCAGUUGGCAAUCAGUGUCCGUAGGUAUGGUAUGUGCUUUGCACCUUCGAAGUGCAAAGUACUUCUACAAGACUGGCAGGAUUCUAAUCCUGUACUCACCCUGGAUGGUGAGCAGAUAGACGUAGUUGAGAAGUUCGUGUAUCUGGGUAGCUGCAUAAGUGCUGGUGGGGGUGUGAGUGAUGAGAUCAAUGCACGAAUAGUGAAAGCCAGAGCGGCUUAUGCCAAUCUGGGCCACCUUUGGCGCCUUCGUGAUGUUAGUCUGGCUGUAAAAGGCCGGAUCUACAACGCGUCGAUGAGAGCAGUUUUGCUCUAUGCUUGUGAAACCUGGCCUCUCCGAGUUGAGGACGUUAGACGACUCUCUGUGUUCGAUCAUCGCUGUCUCCGAAGGAUUGCUGACAUUCAGUGGCAACACCAUGUCAGUAAUGCAGAGGUUCGGCAUCGUGUGUUCGGGCACAGAGAUGAUAACUCAAUUGGUGUCACCAUCUUGAAACACCGACUUCGGUGGCUUGGACAUGUUCUCCGAAUGUCGUCCCAGAGAAUUCCACGUCGUGCAUUAUUUGCCGACUCUGGGACUGGUUGGAAGAAGCGGAGAGGUGGUCAGUGCAUGACAUGGUGUCGUGGCAUGAAAGAAAGCUGCAAAGGACUGGCUUGUGUUGGUCCUUCACGACUCCCUGGCUGGGGUCCGAGAGAUGGUGCUACACAGUGGCUAGAGACGUUAUCAGAUAUGGCUCAGAAUAGAAGCCAGUGGCGAUCCUGCUGUAACCUUCUUUUACUUUCUUCAUAAAAAGUGGUUGUGUCUCCUUUACUUGAAAGAUUUCUUCUGAUUGUACCUCUUCGUCAUUACUCUCUUUUUCUUUUGCGUUCCUUAGUUUUUUUUUUCUCUUCGAAUUCCCAUUGUUUUGUCUGGCGCAUAUAUAUUGGCGCUCUCUUGUACCAAUAUUUAUGUGUUCAAAUAAAUAAAUAAAUAAAU